GACACAUCAAUACGAGUAAAGCUAAAGUGCCUUUAUUUUCUGUAUUCAAAGCAAAAGGUGUUCCGCGUUCCGCAUUUCGUCCUGGCGCAGCUCCGCGGAGACGCGCAGCGCGUGCGCGUGAAGGCGUUGCAGGUGCUGGAGCAGAUGAGUAUUCUGUACCCGAAGGUGUUUUUUGGGCGUUGGUCUCUGGUCCUGGAUUUUCCCGGCUUCCAUGUGAUCCGGCGGUACACGGACGACUUUGGGUAUCAAAUGCAAAAAUGUCUGGGUCUGGAAGGUCGGAACUUGUGAUGCUGUCUCUGGAUUCUAAAAAAAUUUGUAUUGCAUGACCAGCAAGAGGAUUCCAUUUUGUGCUACGCGGAGAGCGCAUUUCUCAUGCGGUAGAGGUAUCACAAAGCCCUCUAAAAAUCUGUGAUGCUACGGCAUGCAUCACAGACAUCAUGGCUCAUGGAAAAAAUGCAUGACAAAUGUCGAAAUCUUCCAGACCCAGACAUUUUUGCAUUUGAUAUUGGUGAGUCCGCGCUUAUGUCCGAAAGUACCCCGUGCAGCACCACCACAAAUAAAGACCUGCAAGGAGGUGGUUCCUCCUGUAGAGCUGUUCAAAGCUUGUCGUUCAACACAGCAGGAGGACCUGGUGCAGCCGCAGGAGCUCAACAUCAGAAGGUGGACGUCGUCUUAGGAACAACUACCAAUACGACCACCACCGGCGUGGUCAACAUGAUGAAACCGAAGCGACGGCUGAUCCACCGAGUGUUUCCUUUUUUACUGAACAAUUCCUCCCCGAACGAGGACAGUAACGCCGCUCCCCCCCGGCUCUCCGCGCUGCUCGCCGUGGCGCUCUUCGACGAGGUGCCCUACUGUCGCCAGGUCGCGCUGAACAUCGUCGUCCAGCUCCUCACUGUGCCCGAGAUGAAAAGCUUUCCGCUGCCGCUCGAAAACCUCCAAAAUGACCGCUUUUACAGCUGUCUCCGCGUCGUGCAGGAUCUGGACAAGCAGAAUCUUGCGCCCGCCGAGAAUAAAGACAAAGACGCGGGGGCAAACAUCAUCGACGAAGAAGCGGAAGCGGGCUUUGGAAGUGCCACUUCUCCUGGCAAGCCGGGGGCGACGGGGGCCACGCAAGAGUUGAUGACCGUGCAGAAGAGGACGGCCCAAGUGGUAUUUGUUAUAUUAGCACUGUUUUAUUCGCAUUGCGUCAAUGGUAGGAGGAUCCUGUUGUUGAGUGUGAAGAUGUCGAUCUACUUGCUUGCGAUUGAUGCGCUUCGAUCACCAGUUUCAUCUCCACCACACGAGCUCUCUUCUGCAUGUUGCUCACACGACGGGGCCACGUAUAAGGACGUUGUUGUGGUCCUCACAACAGGUCAAGGGUUAUUUUCUUUUUCGUGUCCAGCAAUAAAUUUAAAUUUAAAUAGGGCAAAUAUCAGCAAGGAAUAAGUUCUGGACCUGAUGUUGAGAAUACAAUCACCCAAUUUAUUCCUUGUCCACAGGGCGUUUCUUCGAGCUUCGGCUCCGCGAACAGCAGUAUGACGGAGCAGCUCGCGUUGGACGUCCGGCUGGCGCACAUGGUGAUGUUUACCCACCUAAAUGAACCGCACAACGUGGACAUUGCGCUCCACGCCCUGUCUCAAGUGGUUUCCUGCAUGCCCUACACGAAGUUCCGCGCGGGACUGCUGGGCAACCUGGUGAUGCACCUGGGCCCGCAGAUCGCGAACUUGUCCGUGGCAGCGAACACGCACCGCGCCCGGCGGCUGCACUGGCUGGUCAGCAUUUUCAGCCAGAUGCUGCGCUUCAAAAACAGUGACAGCAGCCACGCAAAGGAAAUUGCCUGUGCCUUGGUGCAGCGCAUCCGGAUCAGGUCGACCACCGCGAAUCAACAUCAUGCUGGUGGGAGACCGCCUUUUGGUUCGAAUUUGACGGACAGCAAGGCAACUUCUACAGCCAAGUGGCCCUCGCUCAACGGCAACAAGCACCCUACGAACCGCCAACAGUUAAUGCGCCUGGAGCUGCAACAGCGUAAUACAUUUGUCACCACGCACGACACCUGUGUGGCGGAGUUGCUGAUGCAGCUAACGCUUUCUCUACUGCACGACAAUGAAUUUGCGUCCCUCGUGCUGGACUUCCUCGCCGUCGUCCAGCACAUGUCCACGUUGCUCUACGGCGUGUGCAUGCACCUUCGCGACCAGAAGCUCGGCGGCGGUAAUAUGCGCAGGAAAAAGCGGAUGCCGCCAUGGGAAAUGCUGAAGCACCAUCACGCCCUGUUGGCGAAAGCGGCAAGAUUGAUUCCGGGCACGACAACGACUACAACCAGUGCUGCUGGGGCAAUAAAUCAAGAGCAGACCACAGGAACAGCACCACUGCAAAAAACAGAGAAGAAAGUACAAGUUGAGCAGGAACAAGCGGGAGGACAAAACAACGAUUACAGUACCGUGAAAAGAAUCAGCAGCUCAAAGGGCAGCAGCACCGCCGUCCUCGCGCAGGACGAAGACCAAGGAGCGGGAAGUAGAUCACUUUUGAACAAAGACGCGGAAGUUGAAAACAACAAGAAGCCCAAAACCAAUGCUGCGUGGAGUGCGCUGACCGAGGUGGCGAUGCAACUCGGGGGGGAAUCCUGCCAACUCACCCGGUUGCUGGAAACACUGUGCUUUCAUCUCCUCUGCGAACGCACCCAGGAGCGCGGGCACGUGGAUGCGCUAGAGAACCAUGCGACCGCAGGUGCCGACGACGUUCUGCUCCUGGUGGAGCAAAAUAGUAGUAGCACACUGAAUGUCAACAACCCGUCCUCGUCCAACUCCAGGCGGACGUUGAAAGGGAACGGAAAGCAGCACGGACGUGGUCAACACGGCAAAGACAACUACCUGUUGAAACAACACGAAGUGCUGACCCCCGCUUCAACAUCAAUAUCGCAGAAGGAGGUGGUGAAUAUCUACUUGCACCACCAGCGGGCCCUGCGAAUCUUGGAAGAAGUGCCCGGGUUCGCGCCGGUGGCCUUGCUUCCCCACGUGAUUGCGCUCUUUUUCACCAAACCAGUCCCGCUGAAAGGGGUCUUGACCGAGCAAUCGGUUUUAGCUUUUCAGUCCGUGCAGCAGCGCCACAACGUGCCCAGGUUCUGCAUCACCGCACUGCAGGACAUGCUGGUGGACGCCGCCCGCAGCGAGACCUGGAUGACGGAGUACCACGCCAGUGCCACGCUGUGCUUGCCGAAGCUGAUCCUGAACGUGAGCGUGUGGUUUCUGCACCGCGACCUCGUUUUCCGCAUUCUCACCACUUCCGGCGUCGCUGAGAACCCAAAGCGCCGCCGCUUCCCGGUCAUGCUCGCCCGCUUGUGCUGCCGGGUCAUCGAUUUUCUGUCCGACGAGGUGCAGUUACUGGCUAGUAGUACGACUAGUACCUCCGCAACAGGAACUGCUGGUGCGGAGAAAGUAGACAAGGAAGAUCUAGAACUUCAUGCGGAUGAUGAACCACAAGCGGCCCUCGAAGAUGAAGCAGAGGAAGUGUCCCCGGUGUCCGGCUCGGAGUUGAUCUUUUCCGCAUUGUAUCAAAUGCAAAUAUGUCUGGGUCUGGAAGGUUGGAACUUGUCAUGCUAAAUCUGAAUCAUGCAAAAAUCUGCGUUGCAUGAUUACCAUCGAAAGGCUCCCUUCCGUACGGAGCGCCCCGAACCCGUUUUAGCGCACCUUUAUGAUAGCCUCGCUGUUAUGAGAAGUUAGAUCAGUUUGUAGAACCCAGUCGGUUUAUGCUAGCAGAUGGCUAGUGCGCUGUGAACCCCCAGGACCAGGUUGACUCAGUCCCGACCGAAGUGGUGGGCGCUAGGGUGAACUAUGUAUGUAGCGCUUAGGGCCCUUCCGUGCGGCCAUAUGUAUGUCCCGCAACGGGGUUCGUCUAUGUCGGUCAUUUAUAUGCAAGGCGAUGGGUUACCCGGUCGGCAGAGCCGAUCCACACGAACGAGCGAUGAUUUUUACCAAAUGCUAUCCACUUUUGAUCAAGUUGAGAGGCAGUUUCUCAUGCAGGAUAGGCAUGAUAGUGAUCUCACGGAAUCUGUCAUGCUAGGUCCUCCAUUACAAAUCAUAUGGGUCAUCGAAAACCUGCAUGACAAGUCGAGCAAAGUCCCAGACCCAGACAUGUUUGCGUUUGAUACACUGAAGCAGGACUUUCGGAAGUUGCUCCACCUUGUCCGGGAACAAAUCACGGAAACCGCGGACCGCGGGGGCAUUAUUGCGUUGGGGGAUAUUGCGGAUCACCUGCGCAAAGCCGGACCGGCGGUGCUCGCCGCGACCGUUGGAGGGAAAGAGGACCGAGGUGCGUUUUUCAUGCCGGAUGUAGAAAUGGAGCCGCGUGCAGGAAGAGGAGGAGUUUCAGAGCAUGCAGUUUCCCCUGCUGAAAACAUCGACGCACAUCAAGAUCGUGAACUACAACAACCCGAAGUAGACGAAGACUGGCGGUUGGCCGCGGUGCGAUUAGUUUUUGAAUUCAGCGAAAAGAUGCAGGCUGGACAACUCGAGUUGUCUCCAGAGGAUAAUCUUCCCCGUGCUGCCGUCGGGGAUAGCAAAGAUAAAGACGCAGGCAUCCUCUGUAAAAACCUCGUCCCCACCUCAUAGGAAGGACAGAAAAUGCUUGCAUAUAAAUCUGUGUAGUGUGAAGGUGAACUAGAAGCAUUUUUGCCUGACCCUGACUAUCCGCGCAUCACAAAUUAUUUCCAAGCACGACUAGAACAUGGAUCGCAUGGGAAAAAGUCGCAAGACAGAAAGUUUCUGCGAGCAGAUUUCAUUCAGAAAUAUAGAAUAACAUCACAUACGGAGUGGAGACGUCGUUUUUGCACAGGAUUUUUGUAGCAGGACCAAAACUGGACCACGUGAUCGUUGUGCGGUGCCUUGGUUACCUGGGCUGCAUCCUUCCCAAAUGCGAACAGGCGGCGGCCUUGCUGGAGAAGAUCCAGGAGGACUUCGUCGAACGGAUUGCGGCGGCGCAAAUCGAGUUGACCAGGGACUACAAAAAGGAGCUAGAGUAUGGAUGUGUAGUCAGGACCGAAAUCGAAAAACUUGUGAUGCAUGAAAUGUAGGGCAGUGAAGGCCUGUAUUGGGGAGCAGGCAAAUGAGACCGAUUGUAAGCGUGAUUAGGGGUAUGCAAUGUGCUGCCAGAGUAGAAUGACAGGAGCAGUCUUCUUUGCCCAAAGAGCAUGACAGACUGAAUCUGGGUGCUCCCGAAAUUUGUCAUGCGCCACUUGGAAACUGAGGCUCCAACUGGCAUCCGAUUUUUUGCAUCACAAACUAUUUCAACUUUGACGAUUUCAAUCCUGACGCUUCCAUAUAGAGCGGGAGAAAAAAGAGAUGGACAGCCUGGGACUACUAGGCAGUGGCGCAGGUGCCGAGGGAUUGAUCGGUGGAACUUAUGGAACUACCAGUACUACAGAUACAAAAGUAGUAGAACGAGAGAAGGAUGCUCCUGGUCCUGCCACGGAGGUGGAGCCAAGAUCGUCCGCUUCGAUAGCAGCAUCUUCAUCAUCAUCCGCCUCGUCUUCCAGCAGCGCAACCUCCGACGAUCGAAACACAAUGUCUUUGAAGUUGAAAUUGAUCCAACCACCCCCGGGACUGCUAGAGGAGUACGAGGAAGAACUGCAAAAAGGUACUAAUAUUAAGUCUGACACCAAAGCCGGCACGACCGAAGACGAAGAGCCGAACAAGCCUUUCGGGAAGACCACGACAAGCAAGUCGAAAUCUAUUCUGAACCCGGAAGAAGAACAAUUAAAACCGCCCACCGAGCAGAUACCCAAGGUGGUGAAGCAAGCCCUGGAAUGGGGUCCGAGCAGCGCGGAGACCCAGGCUGAACUGGUGCGGAAGUCGAAGCAGCGAUCCGCUGCGAACUUUCUGAACAAGGGGAAAAACAAAGAAGUCUUUAAAAUCCUGUGGAACACUUUGGGAGCGCUGGGGCAUUUGCUCUCUUUCGGCGACCUGAGGUUCACGGAUAACACGAUCGAGUGUCUCUCCAACGUGGCUGUGGAGGUUCCGCACGAAAAGGUGCAAUUGAUUGCGCAGCGGGGUUUGGCCAGGGGAAUGCUCCGCGACAUUUACUCCCGACACAUACUAUCAAAUGUAAAAAUGUCUGGGUCUGGAAGAAUGCAUGUUUGUCAUGCUUGUCUGGCAUGACUCUUAAAUCUGUCAUGCACGUUGCCAAAGAGCCGCAUUUUUCUGUCAUGCGGAGACGCAAUUUGUCAUGCAGAAUAGGCAACGCCUACAAGCUCAGAAGUUUGUCAUGCUGAGCCAGCACUUGUGGCCUUCUCAUGCUACGCCACUCAGCAUCACAAGUUUCCAGACCCAGACAUUUUUACUUUUGAUACAUACCAGGCUACAAGCAAACCUCGCGGCAUCUGCAGUUGCCGGCUGCUGCGUAAGUUUGUUAAUAGGCCUCCCCUAUCCUGAGUAAAAACGUCCCCACCCCACAGUUGUCAUGCAGAUUUGCAGUCACAGGAAAAUUUGUAAUGCGCAUCCAGAUGAGAGGCAUUUCCAAUCGUGUUUUGGACUCUGUCAUGCUGUAAACACGAUGAGAAAGUAGCUUUCUCAUGCGGCAGCCCUUGCUCACCAGCACUACCCUGCAGGUGGAAGCUUGUCAUGCACAACUCCCAAAGCUUGGAAAUUUGUGUUGCAGAUUUACCAACUUGACUCUGGUAUGGGGACGUUUUUACACAGAACAGCUCCCCCGCUUGAUAAGUAGAUAUUUUGCAGACGAGUCGCAAUAUGUCGUGUCUACCAGUAACAAAUAGAAAUACUACCCCUAUACCCAAUGCCUAGAAUCUUCACCAUGCAAUUAAUACCUGUGCUUGAUGAAUGAACGAAGGUAAGUAGAGAAACUAAGAGCAAGAGAACCAGAACGUAUGAACUUGUUAGAAAGUCUCUCUAGGAAUACGAAUACCGUAUUAAACGUGAAGCCAGAACCUUCUCCAGUUGAAUACACAGUUUCUACCGCCGUCGCACUUGCGAUAGAUUAUUGCUGAAGCUCUCAUCAACGGGAACGGCUCGGUCUCGGAUUACUAAUAGGUAUUCUAUAUAGUUGUGAAGAGACCUGCAGCACACGGUCAUAUGCAUAUCUCAUUAAUUUUCAGCAGAACUAGUACCAGGAGAUGUGCUCCGUGUGGCCGCGGGCGAACCACGCUAAUGGAACAACAUUGAUCAUACACCCGCAAGAUGAAGAUGAACGCAACACGACUCUGUAAUUACGCCCUGCCCCUACAACUGCAUCUUUUUGAUGGCGCUUCUUCGCAGGCCGACCGGACCCAAUCUUGCAUCUUUUUUUAGAAGUAAAGAAAAGCACCCGUCAAAUUAAUUGUUGAUAAAAAGAUGAACAAAAAAGUAAGAAAAAGAAUGAGGUACAAAGAAUUCCGAAAAUAAUGUUUUAAGACGACCGACCCAAAUAAUAUAUGCAGUUCGUUGUAGCAGUAGCAGUUCUUUCGUAUGCGCACUCCUAGACCUCCUAGCAGCUGCAGAUUAGUAGAUCGGCUCCCUCCUGUUUCAUCCCUUUUCGUAGGUGAAGCAAGGGGUCACCAGGGCCAUUGGGGGCCCAGAAGAUAAUGAUUGAUGCGUCUUUUCCUAGAUUGAUAGAAGGCACGAAAAAGUCUGCAACUUUUUGAUGCUGUAAAAAAUCAGUUGGACGGAAAAACAAGGAGUGUAGUCGAAGGGCGAACCGCCGAGAUGAAAAAACACAGCACUUUAGCUAUUACUACACGAUGAACGCAUGAUAUGCAUGACAGAAAAAAAGGUAUUUGCACGCCUGAGUACUUCGUUCUCUUUGAUUACGGCC